GUCAAUAUUGGACAUUCUGUUCGUGCCUGCCAGUGCUUAAUAUUAUAUGGAGAUGAGUGAGCAAAGACGCUGGCAUGGCUGGCUGAUGUGGAGCUCUGAGGUGCAUCCUCCCCUCCCUGCUGCUCCAUGGUGCCCGGCGCCCCGCCCCCGCCUGUCCAGAGCGUCGCAUCUCUAAGCGGCGUUCGGCGCGGUCAGCAGCAGCAGCAGCAGCACCCGCACCCCACAGCCCAGCGCACAGCUCACCUGGCUUCACCGAGAACACAUUUCUGGUUUUUUAAAUUCCCUCCCUGACAGGCGUGGAAGGAAAGGAGCAGAUACCCCCGGAGAGACGUCACCAUGUCAGGUAGAGAGUGAAGAGGAGGUUCGGAGCCGUGAGGAGGUGGGGGAGCAACACUGCGGGGUGCGCUUGGAGUGGCCUCUCCAUCCGGGUGAACACCUUUCCGGGCUCAAAGCGCGCACGAUGAUGCACCGCUGGCAGCUGCUGCCGCCGCGGCUGCUGCUGGCUUGCUUCGCCAUUGUGGGAGUUGGCCUCGGGGCAGACACAGAGGAGCGGCUGGUGGAGCAUCUCCUAAACCCGGCACAUUACAACAAGCUGAUCCGACCCGCCACUAAUGGCUCUGAGCUGGUUACCGUGCAGCUGAUGGUGUCGUUGGCCCAACUCAUCAGUGUGCAUGAAAGAGAGCAGGUGAUGACCACCAAUGUCUGGCUGACCCAGGAGUGGCAGGACUAUCGGCUGACUUGGGUCCCCGAGGAGUUCGAUGGAAUGUUGAAGGUCAGGCUGCCCUCAAAACACAUCUGGCUUCCUGACGUGGUCCUCUACAACAAUGCUGACGGGGUCUAUGAGGUAUCCUUCUACUCUAACGCGGUGGUGUCCUAUGAUGGCAGCAUCUUCUGGUUGCCUCCAGCCAUCUACAAAUCAGCCUGCAAGAUUGAGGUGAAGCACUUCCCUUUCGACCAGCAGAACUGCACGCUGAGGUUUCGUUCCUGGACCUACGACCGCACAGAAAUAGAUCUUGUGCUUCGCGCCGACGUGGCCAGCAUGGAUGACUUCACGCCCAGCGGAGAAUGGGACAUCAUUGCCCUGCCGGGUCGACGAAACGAGAACCCGGCUGACCCCACCUACGUGGACAUCACAUACGACUUCAUCAUUCGCAGGAAGCCGCUAUUUUACACCAUCAACCUCAUCAUACCUUGUGUGCUCAUCACUUCGCUGGCCAUCCUGGUCUUCUACUUGCCAUCCGACUGCGGAGAGAAGAUGACGUUGUGCAUCUCCGUGCUGCUCGCGCUCACCGUCUUCCUGCUGCUGAUCUCCAAGAUCGUCCCACCAACGUCACUGGACGUUCCUCUGGUGGGGAAGUACUUGAUGUUCACCAUGGUUCUGGUCACUUUUUCCAUAGUUACCAGUGUGUGUGUGCUCAACGUCCACCACCGCUCACCCACCACGCACACCAUGCCUCCCUGGGUUAAACUGGUGUUCCUGAACAAGCUUCCCGCCCUGCUCUUCAUGCGACAGCCAAGGAACAGCAGCGAGCGCCAGCGGCUACGCCAGCGAAGGCGAGCACAGGAGCAGAAGGAGGGUGGGCGCAGCGGGGAGCCAGCGGCCCUGAUGGUUGGCCUCGGGCUUGGUGGCGGUGGUGGAAGCGGAGGGGGGACCUCAUCGUCUGUUUUUGGGAAGGACGACGGGGACCCUUGCACGUGCUACGUGAACCGGGCAUCCGUCAAACAGUUUGGAGGGGAACUGGUGGGUGCCGGAGGGGGAUCAAUGGAUGGUCUGAACAGAGUGAGGGAGAGUCGGGAGGGCAGUUCUGGAAACCUGCCCCGGGGGAAGCAGGCAGCUGGAGGUCCGGCUUUGACUCAGGCCUUGCUGGCUCAAGCCUGUCCAGGAUUUGAUGAGGCAGUGGAAGGAGUUCGCUUCAUCGCCAACCACAUGAAGAGCGAAGAUGACGAUCAGAGUGUGAGCGAGGACUGGAAGUAUGUUGCUAUGGUGAUCGAUCGCCUCUUUCUCUGGAUCUUUGUGUUUGUUUGCGUGUUCGGCACGAUGGGCAUGUUUAUGCAGCCCCUUUUCCAGAAUUACACAGUGAAAACCAUCAACACGCCAGGCUGAUUGUUUCCGCCAACAGACAGUGCCCCUGACCAAUCAGAACAGCAGGACAAAUGACAGAGGUGUGGUGGUGUGUGAAUGAGCGUGGGGGUGCGUGUGCGUGUGUGGGGGUGUACUUUGGGGCAGUUGGGGAUCUUAGUUUUAUCGUGUCUAUGGAACUGGAAUCAAAGAUGCUGCUGAAGAGCUAUCCCGUCCAUUAACUUUAUAAUAACAUUUUUGCAACAAACAACCAUUUUUCUUGUAUGAGGAUAAAGUAAAAGACAGUGACACACUUUUUCCUGCAUUUUUUUGUUGUUGUUGGAGAAUUAAAACAGACUGACCGCCCCUCUCCAGUGUAAAGAUCCACCCUUGUUCCUGUCCUCAGCCUUUCAGGGAGUGAGGACGCUGAUUUUCUCCUUGUUGCACCCAGCCAGACAACACCGACUGCUUCACAGCAACGCCGCCACAGAUGAGACUCCAUGGUAGUGUUGGCUGACACUGAGCAUCAGAGAGGGAAGGAAGGUUCAAGUUGAGUGUCUUGCUUUUUUUUUUUUCUUUUUUCCCCAAGAAAUCCAUUUUUUUUCUUUUUUCCCAAGAAAUCCAUAAUGUCAGUGAACCGAUUCAGUGUUUUUCAUCAUAGCGUAGCGGCUUGCCACAAGCAUAUUGCAUCGAGUAAAUAAUAUUUCUAUAUACCAGUUCAUCCAAAGGUUUGUUGAUGAUGGAGAGAUUUCAGUGUGUUGUAUGAUUGUAUAGCUAUAAAAGGAAUGUGAUUUAAACUACUGCACAGCCUGCGUCCUGCACGCUAACACUAGACGUGUAAGACCUGCAGAUUAAAGGGAAACAUAAAGAAGAUGCAUAUACUGAAAGGAAAACAAGGGGGCAAUAUUACUGAAAAGUCAUGCAUGGACAUUUUUUGGGGUGUUUUUUUUUUUUUUUGCUUAUAGUGUUGCAGAUUGCCAUACCAGAGGGCGCAGCUGCAGACGAGUCCUGAGAAGUGGAUUAAACUGAGCCAAAAUGUUGCAACAGAACGGUAAACGUUCUGGACACUGGAAUGUGAUUUCUAUUUUUAACCGAGGAGGCACUUACUCGGUUGUGCAAACAGUUAUGUGUAAAUUGAAUUAUCGAUAAACUGAUGGAGGUAUUUUCAAAGGCUUUGGGAUAAUUAUGUGUGUUAACAUGGUUUCACACCUGUUUACUUCAUGUUGUUGCCCUAAUCAGACUGAGGUGGUGUGUUUUAGCUCCUCUGUCCUCAUUAGAAAUGCACCAAGAAAAAAAGAAUUGGCUGGUGACCUGAAUUUGUCAAACCAGCCUGAAACCAGACAGACACUUCAAAAUCCAGAUAUUUUUCCGGUUCAGGACACACGUCACAUCUGGAGGUACCCAAAGCUACCUAAAUAUUGCAUCAUUAAGGCACUUAAAAUCAUAGUCAGAGGAAGCACAGAUAUGUGAGAAGGUAUUUUGAAUAAACAGGCUUGUCCCUGACAUCUGGAGAAGGUUAAUUCAGGCAGUCAGAGAGCAACAGUUUCACCAGAGAGCAGGAAUGCUGAACGUAUUUGGAAAUCUCAGAUUAAGGAGAUAGAUUCUCUAAGGAAUACAUGCUAAUUUUGCUGGUUUUGUAAUACAAGCAUGCUAAUCGUUACCAUAGCAUUCUUAAGAUAGUUUAAAAUCUGAAUUCAUUAAUAUUUCUCUUUUUAAAAUGAUAGUAAAACCUUGUUGGUGACACAAUUAGUCAUUUUGAUCAGGUCUGAUCCUGCUGGAUUCUUGGUGCAAUAAACAAAAAAAAAAGAUUUGCGUUUGAUACGCCAGUUCAUUUAUUACCAGACAAAGUCAUAGAAAUUUCAGGUUGUCUUUCAUCUUACAUUAUUUCCUAAAUACAAAUCAUUGCACCAUAGCGUAAUCUCAUGAGGAAGAUUAAAUUGCAAAAGAUUUCCAGUGCCAUUUGGUCAUCCUUUAAUAGUGUUGUUCCUAAGGAGAAAUCAGAGCCAACUUCAUGAUUUCCAAAAGUGAAAAAUCAGAAUCGCUGCAUGAUUCUGACAGGUGCAUCUCUAAUCCAACGCCUGAACUUUAAUGUGUAAAUGUGAACACCCUUCUGUAUUGUCACCUCUGAGGGUUGCAGCAUAAAGAAUAUGUGUCUUCCAACCCCUUCUUCAAUUAAUCUCUGCCAAAUUCCAGCCCCUUAUAUUUGCUCUUCCAAACUCACAAAUGUCUGGAAGUUAGUCUUAGUAUUUCCAGAAUCUUAUCGGGGUCUUUGACAGUCAUGGUAGAUGCAAAAGGGCCUUUGCAAUCACAUGCGCAAUUAAAAUCUUAAUAAAUAAAGAAGGAGCUCAAGAGGUUCAACUGUCCUUGUAAGUGGAAAAUGCCUAAACAAUUGAGUGGAAAUCAGAAAAGAGCAAGGACUCCCAAUGUUUCACUUUAAAGGAAAAGGACUAAAAACACACAAAUAAAUGCUAUUUCAUCCCUGAUAUUGUCAUCGUCUGUGAGUUUCUCCAGAUUUCUACAGUCAUGUGCCCAGGUCUGCAGCUUCACUCGCUGGGAGCCGUCUCCCUUUCUGCCUCUCGACGAUGGGAUCACCCGUGGGGAUCCCUGGCAGAUCUCAUACAAGUGUGAAAAACCUUUCAGAGACCCAUGAAUAUUGUUGGCUGCAUGGCUCUGCACAGAGAAAGUACCGCUGCCCACUCUCUGUUUGCUCCCCUCGACCUUUUCGCUCUCCUUCCUUUUUCCACUCACUUCCUCUCUGAUGAUUAUGCUCCACCAUCCUUCACCUUCCCCCAUUCCUGACUCUGAAAUCUGCUCACCUUAACCGUUCCAAUAAAGGUUGUAGGUUCAGAUUAAUCGUUUGUGGCUCUUGUCGUCGUCCUUCACUCUUACACAUGUACACAAAGCUUUCGUGUGUUGCUAAUCAGUUCAUUUCAGUUUUUCCAUUGCUCUUACACCACUGGAUUAGGAAAGAAGCAUC